AUGUCUUCAUUGUCAAUUCUUCGACCAGACCUUCUUACUAUUGGUAAUCGAUCUUAUCGUAUUAAUCCAUCAUCUUUACCAGGUCUUGAAUCCACUAAUACUCAACAACAUCAGGUAUAUCGAGAGGAAGAAGAAGCAGAUUAUUAUACCAAUAAUUUUGAUGAUGGUAAUAAUGAUGAUGAUGAUGAUGAACCAAGUUGUAAACCACAACAACAAAGAUCAACAAAAGAAUCAGAAGCAAAAACUCAAACUGUACAUAAAGAACAACCACCAGUUGAAGAUGAUGAUACAAUUGAUUUUCUAGCUAAAGAAAAUAUGUAUGUAUGUGAAAUGGAUAUUGCAUCUGCAUUUUAUGGUGUUUUAAUUGGUAAAAAUGCUGAAAAUAAACAUAAAUUAGAAUCGGAAACAAAUGCACAGAUUGUUUUUCCACGUCGUGAUGAAAUUGGUACAGUAAAAAUUCGUAGUCGUACUAAAGCAAAUGUACAAUCAGCUCGUACACGAAUUGAAAUAAUUAUUGAUCGAAGUCGUCAAAUGCAACCAUUUACACAUUUUCUUUCGAUUCCAAUAUGUCAAUCAUCAACAUCAAUAAAUCUUAAACAAAAAUAUGAAGAAUUUAAAAAAAAUGUUCUCGAACAAUGUUCUGAUGAACGUGGAAUAACAAAUGAAUUAUUUCAACAAGUUAAUAAAUUACAUUUAACAAUUGGUACACUUGUUUUAUUAUCAAAAUCUGAAAUAAAUUAUAUUAAAGAAACUUUACAAGAAUGUACAAAAACGUUAUUAAAAACUAUUAUGCCAACAGAUAAAGAACGUUUUAUAGUACAAUUAAAAGGACUUGAAUUUAUGAAUGAUGAUCCCGGUUUUGUCGAUGUACUUUAUGCUAAAGUACAAUUAGUCGAUCAAACAAAUUCAAAUCGUUUACAAAAUUUUCUUGAUCGUUUAAAUGAAGAAUUAGUAAAUACAGGUCUUAUGAAACAAAAAUUUGAUCGUAUUAAAUUACAUGUAACAUUAAUGAAUUCAUUAUUACGUAAAGAUGAUACAGGAAUAUUAGAAGCACAAAAAACAACACGUGGAAGAGUUAAAAAUCAAGAACGUGAAUCAUUUGAUGCUAAAAAAGUUUUACGUCUUUUUGGACAAUUUGAUUUUGGACAAAUUGAAUUAAAUGAGUUACAUUUAAGUAUAAUGCAUGAACCUGAUCGUCAAACAGGAUAUUAUGGAUGCGAAACAAAAAUUUUAUUAAAACCAAUUAAUUGA